GGAAAGCAUGCUUUAUCCGAUGGAUUAGGAAACAGAAGAGGUUGAAGCCCAACAAGAGCUUUGGGCACGGGAUGUUUCACCAGACGAUUCCAGGGAGUUGGCAGGUUGCCUCCCUUGGCCAAGGUAGUGAUUAAAGCGUUAACCGGAGCCUCCUGGAGGUGGAACCGUGACUAAGGGCGGGCUCCUGUCAGCGCCCGGAGAAAGGAAAGUGGUAGGUAAAUAUUCCCGACGUGCACCGAGGUGCGGGGAGUGUCCUGGGCUUCCAGCAUUCCCAGUUUGUUAAACAAAACAGUAAUUAACAGCAGGGACCCGGGCAGCAGCAGCAGCAGAGGCGGCUGUCCGCCCUGGCCAUGCUGCCAUGCCUCCUUCGGGGCUCAGGGAAAGGCUCGUGAAACUCCUGCUGCGCUUCUUCUGCUCGGAGCGCCCGGCCAGCAACCAAUCAGGAUUGAAGAGUUUGCCAAAUACCAGACACCUGUGCGUUUAGAAGAUGACUCAGCUGGACAUGGUGUUGUGCCUAUGUACAGAAUAUUCUGUGUGCCUGCAGUGGAUAGCUGAGCUAACAGACAGCUGAGCCUUAUGGUUUCUGUACAAGACAUGGAAGAGGUUCACCCUAUGCUGACUUCCCGUGCGUUUGGAAGAACUUUGGGGAGCUCUGGGUUAAAAUACCUAGGGGUCUUUGCUGAGCUUUGGGGUUUUAGUUUCUCCAGCACGGGCAGAGGCUCUGCGUAGUGCACUGCGCUCUGCGGGCCCUGUCUUCAUGUAUGGAUGCACCAGAAAGCACAUCCAGGCUGUUUCACAAACUGAGGUGCUGCCUUGCUGCUCCUCCUUGGCUCACUUCUGGAUCCUGGGUGUCCUCUCCUUCCAGUUCUCCUCUGCAGCUGCCUUUUUUAAUCCUUGUCUAAAAAUCUGUGUAGCCAUUUGCUCUUAACUUCUGCUGUCUCAUUCCUGCACUCUACCGUCCCUGGUCUGUCCCCUUAAGUAAAUGACUUAAAUAUCACUGUAUUGAAUAGAAGGGAGCAAGUCCUCUUAUCUGCCUCUGCAUGGACACUUGGACUUCUUCUUUGGGGGGGAAAAAAACCAAAACCAUUUCAGAAGCUAUUGAUCUAUGAUUAUGGAAAAUUGGUGACAUCUAAAAAAGCAGCUCAGUGGUGCAGUACACAGAGAUUCAUCUCUUCUGAGUAAAUGAAGAAAGUGACUAUGAAGGCACAGCAUCUGCCUUCUGUUUUCAUCAAUGAAGAGAAGUUCGUAACCAGAGAGCAGCUCAGUUCUCUUCUGAAGAAUUAUAACUCUUACUAUUCAGAUCAAGAGAAUCUACAACUGACAUAUAAUCAGCGAGAAGGCAGCACCCCAUUCAUUGAAGGAAUCCUCUCAAUAUUCUGGGGCGUGCGACAUCCUAUCCGAUUAAAGAUCCAGGAUGAGAAGCAGAUACCCUCUUUUGUAACCCUGAAGUCAGCAGAGAAUGUGGGGGUUUUCCCUAGUAAAAGGGGAAUGACUCGCUGGGGAGAGUUUGAUGACCUCCAUCACAUCAGCGGGGAUACACUGAAAUCUCCUGAGGAACAGCCAGACCUCGAGCAAAGUUAUCCAUGCUAUGAAAGUCACACGCUCAAGUGCAGGAGGGAGCAGGAGCUUGAGUGUGCCACCCUGCCCCGGACCAGCAGCGACGCCACGGCCGUGCGCAGGAGGACCAAGCUCCCCACCAUAACCAGGACAGAAGUAGAAACUCACAGGUUCUCUAUCAAUGGCCACUUCUACAACCACGAGACAUCAGUGUUCACUCCGGCUUUUGGGUCCGAAACCAAAAUAAGAAUCAACAGCCAGAUGAGGACCAGACAAGUGAUAGAACAGUUGCUUCGGAAGUUUAAGAUAGAAAACAGCCCCCAUGAAUUUGCACUUUACGUUAUCCAUGCAUCUGGAGAAAAGAAGCAGCUGAGGAGUAGAGAUGUUCCCUUGCUGCACAGGCUGCUGCAGGGGCCCUCUGAGAAGGUUGCCAAGUUCUUUCUCAUGGAUGGGGACGUGGAAGAGAUCAGCAGUGAUGUUGCUCAGUACAUUUCAUUUCAUCUUCCCUUUUUGGAAUCCAUUCUGCACAGAAUAAAUGAAGAGGAGGAGCAGGAGAUUCAACAGACAACUGCAAGGUACAUAAGAGAGAAGAGGCUGAUACUGCAGCACCUUCGCAGUCAAAGUGUGAAGAAAACAGAGACCACGGUGUGAUGGGCCAGCCCCGGGAACACUGGGAAUGCUGGGGCUGCUGGGGCUGCUGGAGGGCAGUCCUUGCUGCCUUCUGGGGCUGGUGGAGUGCCCAGUGGGAGAAGUCUCUCCUCACCUUUAACUCCUGCAGCGCUGGGGUGCAGGCUGGAAGCAGCCACGGAGAUGCACUACAUCAGAUGCUGGAUCUGACUUGGAACAUGGGCAAAAAAAACUCCCCUGAAGAGCCCAAGGCUUUAAAUCCUGCUGAUGUGUGACCUGGCACCAAGAGGCUGGCGUAGAAAAAUACUGCAAUAACCAAUGUGCUGGUAGAAAAUAUGCAAACUAGGAAUGUGGUUAUCCCUCUGUUAAAGAAAUAUUGUAUUAUAUUAGCAGAAAGCUUUUCAGUAGAGCCAAGUGGCAGAAGAUAUUUAUGUAUUUAAGACUGCAGGUAGAAUUUCCAUUUAAGUUAUGAAAUAAUCGAUGCAAGAUGCCUGAAAUCCACUGGCUUCAGGCUGGUGGGUGCUGAAACUGCUUGAGCUUUGAGCUGCUGUUAGGAAAACAUAACUGGAAACUCUCCCCCUUAGGAGCUACUCAGCUCUUAGCAAUGACAGGGAAUUUAUUGCUGAAAUACCUCGUGAACUGCAAAGUAAGAACUGACUGAACACUGUUGGCUCCUGAAAGGCAUCUCGGUGGUUUCUGUAGUUGGAACCAGUGAUUGUGUUCCUGCCUGUGUGCUCUGUUUGGCAGGGCAUUGAGGGUGCUCAGUGAGAGGCUGUGUUACAGCCACGCAGGGCUGCAGUUUGCCCCCAGCCCCACACAGGGCACGGCUCCCAGGUCCUUCCUGGCCGAGCUGUGCUCAGUGUUAGAGCUCCAGCUGCAGAGAUGUAAGUAAAAUAAACCUGUGCACAGCUCCUUGUCCUCCUCGGCAGCUGGUUGUUUUGGCCUGGUGUCUGCGCCUUACCUCAGCUGCCUUUGUCUCAUGCAGGUGACAGAUACCUGCGAGGGAGGAAAGGCAUGUGCAGAACGUGGUGCCCAGAGAUUGUGUGGAGUAAAUCAAAUUGGAAAACUUCACACUGCUGGCAUGUGAAUUCAGAAAGUGAAGGUCAAGGUGCUGAUAUUGAAGCUGCUCAGGUUGCAGCAAGUGCCUUAUUUCAAAGUACAGUUUAUUAUCCUGCCCAGGAAAAUGGUUAGGGACAAGGGAGCACAGAGGGCAGAAAUAAAAACAAUUCACAGCCAAGAGGUAGGAAUUAAACAGGCCGUUUCUGUCACCAUCUGAUGUUCAAGACUUGAAUCCCUUUCAGUUCUCUUGUCUUGGGUUGGGACUGUCACUUCUGUCAGACAGCUGUGGGACAGCACACAGAGCUGGUGCUGCUGGCCAGGAUUACAGGGAGUGAAAUGAAGCUGUGACUCCUGUGGGCUUGGUUCUUUCUGAGGGCUGUGCUGUCUAAAUGAACUGUUCCUGACAAAUACAGGCAAGAGCAGGGGAAGAAUUUCUUCCAAGGUAUUCUGGCUUGGACACAAAGCCAUUACCCACAGAAACAGUGAUUAAAGUCUGUAUCUUACCUGAA